AUGUCUUCCUCCGCUGCCGCCUCGAUUCCCGCCUCAUCAGCCUCUACCGCAGCGCCCACUUCGGCAGCUUCCUCCUCGGUCGCAUCCUCCGCAGCGGCCUCGUCAGCCUCGGCAUCCCGCUCUGUCUCGUCUAGCGCCAGCGCGAGCGCCUCAGCCUCGCAGUCCGCUUCAGCAUCGGCCUCGGCAUCAGCAUCUGCUUCGUCUGCCAGCGCGAGCCUGUCCGAGUCAGCUUCGGCCUCGGCUGCUCAGUCGAUAUCGGUCAGCAGCUCGCUGUCUGCAUCGGCAGCACAGAGCGCGUCGGCUGCGUCGUCGGCCUCACUGUCUAGCAGCGCAGCGUCUGCUAGCUCAGCGUCGGCUGCUUCUGCCUCAGCGGCGAGCUCGAGCUCGCAGUCUACGUCCUACUCGACCAGCUUCACAACGAAAUACAUCACCGACUCGAGCGGUCAAUCGUCUGCAACAGUUUCGGGAACAGCUGUGCCCGGCAACUCGAACAACAACACUACAUCCACUAGUCCCGGAACUAUUGCCGGAGCGGUCGUCGGUGGAAUUGCUGGAUUAUUGCUCCUGCUCGGAUUGGGAUGGUUCCUUAUCCGUAGGAGGAGGAGGCAGAAGGAGGUCGCUUUCGACGAAAAGACCUUUGACCCCGCGAACCGGUACUCUCGCUCCGACCCUCUCGACCUCGCUGCCGCACCCGCAGUACCCGAACACUUCGCUGGCUCCACAGGCGGCCAGAUCGAACCCUUCCCCUACGCCAACCCUCAAUCAGCUGCUGGCGGGGAGGACGCGUACGAUCCUUAUCAGCAAGCUGCGAAUCGGUCAUCAUGGCACCAGCCGCCAGGGAUGCAGGGGUCCAUGCAGAUGCCUGAUGCGAAUCAGUACAUCGGCGGUGGUCCUGGCGGCGGGGGCGGAGGUGGGGGUGGCGGCGGAUGGUACGGGAACGACGGGUAUGGUGUCGCUGCAGCCAUGGGUGCCGGAGCUGGUGCAGCGGGUAUCGGAGCUGGAGCGGCCGCUGCUCGGGGAUACAGCAACCACCAGCAGCCGUCCGAGCGGGACUACCGCUCCGAGACGGGCAGCCAGGGCGGCGAGUCAUCCGCAUACGGCGGGUACGGCCACUCGACGCCGCAGUCUCAACCACCACUCACGCCUGCUGCGCUCGCCAAGCAACGCGAAGCCGCCGGAAGGCAGGGAUACCAGUCGCACAGCUCGAGAACGUCUCAUGGGUCCGGAAUGAUGGGUGGGCCGAGCGGGUCAGGCGGGGCGGCGAUGCUCCCGUCUACGAGCGAGGGGUAUAAUGACGGGCCGGGGAGCGGGGAGACUUCGCCUGGUGUAGGUGACAGACGGUCGAGUGCGGCGUUUAGCGAUGGGCGGAGCGUAUAUCAGCAUGCGGAUAUGCCAGGGCAGGAUGCGGAGGUUACGGAGAUUCCGCCAAACUAUAAUUCGAUUUCGAGGCCUUGA